AUGCUGAGUGAAGUUAAGAUUGAGAUAGAUAGGAGUUCCACGGGUGGCACUUUCACCAACUAUGAUAUUAUUCGAGGAAAUAUCACACUAGUGGUGACAUCUUCGAUAACACUCAACUACAUUCAGGUCAAGUUGGAGGGGAUUUCCAAGACACAGUUGACGAUUUCCAAAGACCACCUCGCUUUGGAUAACAGAGCCGAUAAUGUUGAUACUAAUGGAGCCUCCGCAAAUGGAAGGCGUGGAAGAAAGCAAGAGAAGAGAGACAGGAGGGAACAAAAGAGAAGAGACAGAGAAAGGGAAAGGGAUAGAGGAAAGACCAAGACCAUUCAGGACGUCCACAAAGUGUUGUACGAUACUUCCAUUGUGUUUCCUCCGGAAAACGUAAGAAAGGUUCUGAACGCAAAGGAGUUCACUUUGGCACCUGGGAACUAUUCAUAUCCAUUCGAGUUCAAGAUCCCAUUGAACAAUUCUUGUAUUAAGAUGCGAGGCAUCACCAAUAAACUUCUGUUUAACAAGAAGACCUUCGAUCUUUCCAUAAACAAUGGGAACUUCAAUACAAAUACUAUCAGAAAUGCAGCCAUGCAGUAUUUAGAUGGAGGAGGAGGCGGUACUUCUGGGCCUGCUGAUCAAAAUGGAGUAAAUGCGCCAGCUGCUGCAGGCGGUAAUGGAUACCAUUGUACAUCACAGUUACCCCCUUCACUUUCAGGCUUGGGGGAUUUGGCUGAUAUCCGAUAUUUCAUCAAAGUCACCUGUAAGAGAUCUUCAUUUAUCAAGCCAAAUUUAAGAUCAAUGGACCCAUUCAUUUUCUUGCCAUUGGAUCUUGAUUCCCGAGGUCAACCUAUAAACCAUGAAAACGCUUUUGAAGAUGAGCGCAGAGAGGUGUUCUUCCGUAAGGAAAUAGUAUUCAAGAACAGAAUACCUGAAAUUGUGGGGGUUAGAAUACCUCCAACACCCUCGAGAUCGAGCAGUAAAGUGAACGUUAAAUCUCUCCCUUCUCCGCCACAGAAAAAGGGCUUUUUGGAGAAGUUUUUUGAAGCCAGACCACCUCAGCAAAUCCCAAAUUCAAGUAGUUUACCCGGUAAUUCACUGGUGAGCAAAACUUUCCAUGAAGUAAACUCCACCGACGUCCCCUUUGGGUUUGAGAUAAGAUUCAGGCAUCCAGCUUUCCUCAUACCGACGAAGGCACCUUCGUUCAAAUUGUACCUUGUCUCCAAUCAGAAGCCUUCAAGAUAUUCAUUGGCACAGUAUGGGAAGCCGGACGACAGCAAUGGACUUGGUAUCGUAUACAUGCAGAAAUUAAAGGUUGAAAUCACCUGCACCACAAUGGUAUCGGUUCUCGAAACAGAUGGUUCGUACAAGGAAAUCCAUCGGUCUAAGACUGACAAGGUUAUACCGAUAUGUGACAACACGUAUCAGAAUUUACUGUUUGAUUUGAAAAACUCAGUAAGACAAAGAUCGUCAUCGGCGACAACGGCUACGAGCUCACGCCAUUCCGCAUACGAAUUGGAGAUUCCCAAGAAAUACUAUUCCAACUGCACUCUUCCUGACUAUCUUUCGCCAUCGUUUGCAAUCUGUAACGUAGCUAGAAAGUACUCGUUAAAUGUUAUUGGAGGAUUCUCAAGCGAGAAGGUUCUUGAUUUUAGAAACGAAGCGGAACUAGCAUCAAAGGUCAAAUAUGUGGAUUUGUACUGUUCGUCUAUUAAAGUUCUUAGUGGGUUGAACAUGACUCAAUAUUUACAUGAGAACAAUAGCAACUUGAACCAAUCCAGUAGCAGUGCAUCCAGCUCGCUUACUUCUGGAUUGAACCAAAAGCCUCCUCCCCGUAUACAUAGCAAUCCUCCCAGCCGGCUGUCCAGCUCACCUGUUGAUUCAAAGGAUCCUGAAGGAAUGGCUCCUCCCAUGCCCCAAAGGCCAGCCUUGGAAUCUGGCCUGCAUCUCCCCACCUACGACGACGUCAUUCGUGAGAGCAGCUAUCAAGAUGACACAGAGCAUUUGAGAGCAAGACGAAGGUAUCAACAGCACGAACAGUACUACACCCAAUUGGACUAA